GAUCAAGAUGAUACGAACAACAUUAUGAACACAAAGACAAAAGUAUCUCAAGAUGUCAGACGGCACCCUUUUCAUCCAAGACUCUCGUACAUCCAAACAGUAUACCAUCUCCGUGACAUCUGAUACAAUAACUGCUGUGGACUUCCAGAAGAUCACCUCGCCGACGGGAAAGCUUGCCUUAUAUGACCCAGGCCUGCAGAAUACAAUUAUUAAGAAGACUCAAAUUACCGGGCGUGACCCUGUAACUGGAAUAACACUUUUCAGGGGCCUUUCAGCAAAAGAGAUCUGGAACCGCCAUGCUGAUUUUGAAGAUCAUUUCCAUCUUCUAGUUUUUGGGAAGUAUCCCUCACCAGAAGAGAGCGAGGCGCUUCGCCGGCGCCUUGCUGUGCAAAUGACAGUUGUUCCUGAGACCGUUAUCAAGGCGGUGCAGGCUUUUCCACGUACAUCACAUCCCCUUCCCAUGAUCAUCGCCGGUCUGGCCGCAUUCAUUUCCGCAGAUCCGUCCUCUCUACCGGCAAUCCGUGGUGGCAAUAUCUAUCACGGCAACCGCGCUCUCUGCGAUGAGGGCGUCAUUCGAGCAACAGCCGCUUACGCAGUUGUCAUGGGCCUGAUCAAUUCUCACAGGAAGCAACUCCCUUACGUCCCAGCGGACCCCCAAAAGUCAUUCUACGAAAACGUCUUCGCCAUGAUGCGCUGUCCCGUUCACCACAACUAUUUGGUUACGUUCCGUGAAGGCAUGGUAUUGAAUAGUGACAAUGGGAUGACUCAGUCGAGCGUCGUCUUACUUUCAACGGCAUCUUCACUUCCAGACCCAAUCUCAUGCCUCAUAAGUGCAAUUACUGCCGCGUAUGGACCUUUACACUACGGUGCGCAAGAAGCCGGUUCCACAACACUGAAAUCAAUAGGAUCGUUGGAUAAGGUGCCAGAAUUCUUGGAACAGGUCAAACGACGUGAGAGAAGAUUGUUCGGGUUUGGACACCGACUACACAAGCGUGAGGAUCCGCGAUUAGCAUCGGUGAAGAGAUGGUUAAAGAUGAUGGAUUACACGCCGGAUCAGGAACCGUUGUUGGAAUUGGCGCAAGAGAUCGACAGGCUUGCGUCGUCGGAUGAGUAUUUUAUCAAGAGGAAUUUGAGGGCGAAUGCAGAUUUCUACACCCAUUUCUUGUUUAAAGCAUGGGGUUUCGAUUGGGAUAUGCUGUGUGCUGCAAACAUGUUCCACAGAAUCAUUGGUUUAAUGGCUCACUGGCGCGAAGCUAUGGAUCAACCGAUCAAAAUUUUCAGGGCUACGGAUCUCUAUGUUGGACCAGUGGUGAUUCAAGAAGACAAUCGUACAGUUCUCGAAGAGCCGAAAAUUCAAUCCAGAUUGUGAAUAUCCUUAGAUUGGGAGUAUGAGAUCUAUUCCUUUGAGGUGCUGUAUAUUUACCUGAAAUACUAAGCUUGAUCAUUCAUUUUCGCUUGAGCUUCAUUACGUUUUCUCCAUUCUUUUAAGGGUAGAUCUUGAGGAUUGGUGCCUUAUUACUAUCUACUGUUUUGAAAGCACCUCAACAUGUCAUGCCCACGUGAUGGGAUUGAAUGUUGAAAAUUUUCCAGGAAUGGAUCGAAAUUUUUUC